AUGACAAGCAUUGAAGACAUCAAAAGGCUCGUGCUGAAGCCUUAUCAGAACCACCGUCAACUAAGCAUCAAAGAAGCAGAUACAAUUUCUUUGGAAAUACUAGAUUUAUUGAGCCAGUCUGAUUGUAAAGACACAGCGACAUUGAAAUACCUGGCGAACUUCCUCACUCUCGAGACUUACCAUGAUUUAGUCGAGGAAAGAAACCUCAAUAAAAAGUGCGGUUAUCCCGCUUGUGAUAGAAGCCAGAAUAGAGUCAGGGAUCCAUACGGCAGAAAUGCAAUGGCUACGCAGUUUUUACAGCAAAACAAUCCGUACGCUUACCUAUCGCACUACUGCAGCAAGUUCCAUUACCGCUGUUCUCAGUUUUACGAAGUUCAACUCACUGACGAUGCGCUCUUCGUGCGUAUUGGCGUUCAUCUCGAUGAUGAGGUUAAAUCCAACGCGCCUAAACUACAAGACAUAUCUUUGCUGGAGGAGAUUAUACAGGGAGAAGAGCUGAAGCAGCAGGACCUGAUUUCACUUGUCAGCGGAAUAGGACAAUUACAAAUCAGUCAAAAUGGAGAUGAUGAUGCGAAACAGGAGCUUGAAAAAGAUCUUAGCGACUGGCUUUCGCGAAUCAAUAUUGUAGAGAACGAGUCCCCACACCCAAUGGGUGACUUUUUCAACGAAAGAUCAAGGUGA